UACUUCCCUUGAAUCGACUCUUUCGAUGUUGAAAUCAAGAAAUCGUGUGGCUGACAACAGCCAAACAAACCGAAAGAAAAUGCCAAAAAAGGGGGGGAAAAAGAAGGGUGGAAAGAAAGGGAAAAAGAAAACAAAGACAGUUGCAGGAGCAGAUGCUAUUAUUCAGAAGCUUCUGAAAGGUUAUGAACGGAAUUGUGCCUUGACAGAAUCUCAACCAAGUCCAUGGAUUAGGAAUGCACUGAAAGGCUGUCUGGAGAAUGGAACAGUCCUUGAUAAGUUUAUCAUUGAGUCGUCAGUUGUUGAGAAGGAGGGUGACAUGCCGGUUUUGUUGGAACCCCUGCUGGCAGCUAUCCGACAGGAACGGUACAUACACAUCAGGGACCUCCGUAUAUGGAACUAUCCCAUGUCCCACGAAAACACAGCUACAUUGGGCCUACUCCUGGAGAAGCAAUGCUAUCCCCUGCGACUUGUCGAGUGUAUGGACUGUCUAAUGGAGCCCUACUCUGUCAUGAGGUUUGCUCGGUCAUUCAGGGCCUGUGAUACGCUGACCACCAUAUCCCUCGACUACAAUGAAUUUGGAGACGAGGGAUGCAGAAACCUAAGUAAAGGCAUGGAGGGCAAUGUCACUGUUUUAUCCAUCAGUAUGUGUUUCUGUGACCUUGGACCGGAGAGUGGAAAAUACCUAGGCAAUAUUGUGUCACGGACGGCUGUCAGAGAUCUGUUUCUGGAUGGGAACAACUUGGAGUGUGAAGGUGCUAUUGAUAUCAUUAAGUUGUGUGCCGAACAGGCGAACUUCGAGGCAUUCCAGAAGGCGGAGAAAGCUCGUCUGAAAGCAGAGGAGGAGGCGCUGAAAGCUGAGCAAGAGAGAGAAGGUCGACAUCGAGUCCAUUCAGCUUUGUCCGGCGGCAUGGCCUCAGGAUCAGAGAAGGAAGAUUUAGGAGGAGACGAGAAAAAGAAAAAGAAGAAGAAAGGUAAAAAGAAGAAAAAGAAGGAGGAGGGACCACCCCCUGUUGGUCCCUGGUUACGCAAGCUUCACUUGGCUGACAACGGCAUUGACAAUGUUGCCUUUGGCAAGGAGUUUGCACCCAUAAUAUUUGUUAGAGUUUUAAAAAAGCUGAUCAUGGGUUCCGAGUCAUUUGAGGAGUUGGACUUAGAGGAUAACCUCAUUGGGGACCUGUCAGCCCGGGAAAUCGUGGAGGCACUGGAACAUCGGAAGGAAGAAAAAAUGGGAGGUGUAAAGUUAAAAACAACACACAAACUUCAAGCUGACACAUUCAAAAAUAUAUGUAAACUUGGAGCUGGUCUCAAGAAAAAGAAGAAAAAGGGAAAAAAGAAAUGAGAUCAGGGUGACACCUACGUGACAUUGUAGUAAGAAAAAGAAGAAGUGAUUAGCUACAUGGAGCUAGAUGGAUAAUGUUGUAAUCCAUUCAUUUGACUUCACUUCUGUUCCUUCUUUCAUAAUGACGCCAUAACACGUUGCCAUGGGAAUAUGGAUCUCCCUGUCAACACCUGGUUACCUUGAUAACUAAAUGUCAUGGUAACAUAAACAGAUGUUCCAUCGAUAUAUAGCGAAAGAUCCAGAUCGAAACACUCAGAUUAGGUCUGGGUGUUUUCAACCGUGGCCAUUGUUGAUAACUCCCGGGUAACUAUGGUAACAUUACCAAUUAACAGGCUAUUAUUCUAUUAAUCCCAACUCCAGUGUAUGAGACAUGAAGUCUUACUAGUUGAAUUGCAUGACUAAAUUCAACAAACGUUUUCAUGUAUUGCACCUGCAGGGCCAAGUGCUUUGGUAAAAAUUACACGAUGCUUGAGUAGCCAUUAUGUCAAUCUAAACUUUUGUAAGAAGCUCCUACCCUCUGUUGAACUGUAGUGAGCAGGUACGUUUCUGUCCACCUGUCAGAUGCUAUAGGUAACUCCAGGUGGUGUUAUUUUCGCAGAACUCUGCAUUACUUUUUGCAGCUUAUAGUAACUAACAGCUGAAGAGCUUUGGCAAAAAUGUCGUGGUGCUUGAGCGGCCAUUAUGACAACCUAACAUUGUGUAAGAAGCUUCUGUCCUUCUGCUGAACUGUAGUCAGCAGGUACGUUUCUGUCCACCUGUCAGAUGUUAAGUAGCACCAGGUGGAUGUAAUUUUCUCAAAAAUCAGCAUUACUUUUUGUAGCUGAUAGUAACAGCUUUAGUGCUUUGGCAAACAUGUCAUGGUUCUUGAGCGGCCAUUAUGCCAAUCUUAAAAUUGUGUAAGAAGCUUCUGCCCUUCUGUUGAAAUGUAGUUAGCUAAUGAGGUUCAAUCAUGGAAAUCUGCAGCAAGAAUAAAACGAGAAAAUAUUGCUGCUGAAGUUUGUUAAUCCAAUUAUUGGUUGUAUAUGCAGAAUCUUUUUUCACUUAUUAUAUUAAUAUCAGACUUGUUUGCCAUUGUGAUGUCACAUUUCGUUUAAGAAAACAAAAUGUUCACAAAGAAAGAAAAAACACCUGUCACAGCUUAAAUUUAUUACCUUUGAAACCUGCACUUACCUGGUUACACAUAGGAAAAUAUUGGUGCGGUUUAAACUUUUUUUCAUUUAAAAACUCUUUCAAGUUUUAUUCAAAUAUGGCAAUAUCUUGAGCUGAUAUCAAUAAGACAGUUGUUGAAGAACGUUGCUUAGAUUAAAAAGAUAACGGAUAUAUUUCCUAGAAAAUUCUGAAAAAAACCAUUCUUAACAAGGUAGGUUAAACUUUAAGAAUAAGUCAACUCCCUAAGAAACAGGUAAGUGAUAAUGAUAUAAAAGUUAAAGCUAUUUUUGACAGAGGAUAUGAAAUUAAAACUUAACUUUGUGAAAACGACGUUAUGCUGUGGUGCCAGCAAAAUCUCCAGUUGUCCAGGUCUCCAGAUAUUCCACGCCCUUAAGUGACCUUUGCUGUUGAUAGGACAUUAAACCCUGUACAACAAACCAACCGUUAUCUUCAUUCUCCUAAUCUAACAUGUCAGUGUGUGAUUGUAUAUGGACGUUUGUGCCAAAACAGUCCAUGUUUUAUGGGGGAAAACUAGUUCAAGAUAAUAUAAAUCUUUAUUAGACGAUGUAUGCAAACUGUUUUCCAUUAGACUAUAUCAGUAUAUUAAACGUAAUACUAUUUGUUAAGCUGUACACACGGUGUCUUAAUACGGUGUAGUAAUAAUGUAUCAAUACAAUGUAUUCAUCCCGUUUUUAUAUCAAAAAUACAAUACACAUACCUCAAACAACCUGUUACGGAAACAAGACGUGUUGUAGUACAGUAGCACGUCUUUUUAUGCUGAUCUCAAUAAUCAGGAAAUACUUUCCAAGUUAGAAAGUGAAAGAUUGAAUUGUCCAUGUGUAUAUUUGUUUUAUUUGGAGAAAUUCCCAGGGGAAUGGUGGAAAGCUGACUAUUGUUGUGCUUUAAUCUUGCUUUUGUAAAAUUUAAGUCUUGCAAAUGAAUAUUUUGUGGUACACGCUAACAAAAAACAAAAAAACAUAUUUCCAAUUUAUUUAAGAAAGCAUUGCUUGUUAAUAAAUCUGAAAAAAUAUUUUGCAUAUAUAUUUUUAGAAAUGCAAUUCUUGAUUUUUUUAUUUGAUCUAACAGAUAAGUUUGGUGAUUGAAAGUUUUAUGAUAAUUAUUUAUGCAUCCCGCUCUUGAUUCGAUAGUGAUUAGUGUUUUUAAAAGGCGAUGCAAUUCUUUGAUAAAAAUACGUCGGAACUAUUUUGCAACUGCUUUUGAAAAUGAGAAAAAAAUCACUAAAACAAUCGUUGUUUCAAGAAAUCCACCGAACCUUAAGAAAACCUGACAAUCUCCUUCCAUAUAGGCUGGUAGUCGCGGAACAUCGUUUUUUACAUAGCUAUCCUUAUCUUUUAUUUCUAUUUAUAUACAUGAUAUAUGCAUGCAAUAGUUUUCUAGAAAUGUGUUUUGUAUCUUAUUUGCCACAGAAAGAAUAUAUAUUUGCAAUACCGAUUGAUGUGUCUGUUUACAUGGCUUGCCCGUUACUGUAAUGAUAAUCUUUGUUGAAUAACAUAUACACCCCUAACAUAAUUUACAAAAUGCACUUUUAAGAUAGAUCUAUAAUGUCAACAAAUCUACCAAAAUCUUCAUUAAACUUUUGAAGUAUUUGUUCUUGUAUCUUUUUCCGACACUUUGGUCGCUAUGUUCUUAAACACACUGGAUAUCUAUAAUACAAUUGUACAGUGGCCAAGCUAGGAACAUUUCACUUGUUCAAAUCAACGAUUGUUUUCAUAUCUGUAGCUGCCAAUCAAAAUGUAAAUAGAGGCCAAAUUAGAAUGGUACUGUAGCAAAAAAAAAGGAGAGUGGGUGGGCUUAAAUGGGGUUUUUUUUUUAUAAAAAAAACUACUGACCAAUUUGAACAUAAAUGCAUUGGCCAGUGACUUGGAAAUCGUUUUUAAUUGUUACAGAGUAGAUGUUCACAAGCUUGGGAAUGCCUUUAAAGAAAAAGAUGAUACAAAUUAUAUAACUCAAAGACAUUUUUAAGUAAACAACUAAUCUAGAAAUUGCAUUGUGUACAAAAUUCCACUAGAUGAAUUUGUUUUUUUUUUGAACUUUUCAAAGUAUAUUUAUUGGUAAAGUAUUUUAUCUUUGUUGUUUUGUUAUAUAUUGUUAGCUUUAUAGGUACAGACUGGGUUAGUUAAAGUUUAUAGUGUAACUGUCAAAAGUCAGUAAGACAGAUUGUUAAUUCGUUAAAAGAUUUGUCCAAAAUGUAUUGGUAUAAUUAUUCAAAAUUUUAAUACUUUCUAAAGUACAUAUAUUGGCAAAGAGUUGAUUUGUGAUGUAUUUUAACAAUUCUGUUGGGAUUGAAACAAAAGUGUCACACUUGACUGGUUU